AUGGAGUCUCUAAUUACCACUCCUCAGAUCAACCUUCUUAAGUUUAUUGAUGACUCAAAGACAAGCCAAAUCAAGAUUAAUCAGCAUAUAUCUUCGCCUUUGUAUAGAGAACAAGCUGAGAAGAGGAGCAAAAUGAUAAGUGAUAUUUUCUAUGAUCUCCUCCUUGUUCUUCCGAAGGGAGACUACUACUGUGGGAGAGUAGUAAUCUAUUUCGUACUGAACUCGGAAGAAGACACUAUCUUCCUUGACUACGAGUUCUAUUCAAUUCAGGAGAUUGAAGUCAACGGGUGCAAUGUUCCCAUUGAUCCUGAUGCAGCAGAUCUCAAUGAUUUACUCAACCAUAAAUACUUUGUAGAAGGGUCUAAUUGUAUCAGAAUAAAGUAUGUAAAUAAAUACAAGAAGACUGGCAUUGGUCUUCAUAAAUUUAUCGAUCCUUCUGACCAGAAGGAGUAUAUUUACUCGCAGUUUGCUAUUUAUAAUGCACAUAAAGUAUUCCCAUGCUUUGAUCAACCAGACUUAAAGGCAAGAAUGGGUCUCACUCUUGUGUCUCCAGAAUCGCAUGAAAAUUUGAGUAAUUCCCAAGAAAUCAUACAGAUUAAAAGUAAAUCCUCUCAUGAAGAAUGUGAAGAGCUCCUUGAUAAUUAUAACUUAGGGUUUGCCAAAGAUCUUUUUACUGGUGGAUACAAAAUAUCUAAGUUUAGCAAUGACCAAUUGAUGUCUUCAUACCUUUUCUGCAUAAUUUCAGGUCCUUUUGAUGUGCACAGUAGAGAAGAAAAUAUUCCAGGCAGAGAUACUAAACUUAAAAUGAGAUAUCUCUGAAGAGAAUCUUUGAAGCCAAAAGCUAAUAAAAUUUAUGAAGAUGUUCAUGAAGCUACCCUUACUGGAAUAUACUGGUACAGUGACUUCUUUGGGACCCCAUUUGUAUGGGAGAAAUAUGACCAGAUUUUCUGCCCUGAAUUUAAAUUUGGAGCAAUGGAAAAUGCAGGGGCUGUUACUAUAUCUGAGACUAGCAUUCCUUUGGAAGAAUACACAACUAAUAAAUGACUCAGUAUUCAAAAUAUUGUCCUCCAUGAGCUCUGUCACAUGUGGUUUGGAAAUCUAUGAACAAUGAAAUGGUGGAAUGAUCUCUGGCUAAAUGAGGCUUUUGCAACUUACAUGUCUUACCUCUGUGUGGACCAGAAUCAAUCGCUUUCUUCCAAGACUCCUGGGAUUUGGAUCGCUUUCAACAAGGGUAAACAGAGUGCUAUAAAUAUUGACACUCUAUCAAAUACACAUCCAAUUGUGAAAUACACGCCUCACACAGACUCUGCGGAGGAUCUUCUGAAUUCUAUCACUUAUGGUAAAGGUCCAAGCUUCCUGAAACAGCUUGUAAAGAUUAUCGGUAUUGAUUUGAUGAAGCAAACAUGAAGUCUUUAUUUUAAAAAGUUUGCUUGGCAAAACACCACACUUGAAGACUUUGUCUCAUGCCUUGUAGAAUCCAGUGAAGGAAUCACUUUUGAGGAAAAUUUUAACCUUGAAAAAUUCUGAGUGGACUUUCUUAAUUCUAAAGGGGUAAAUACAAUUUAUGCAAAGAUUAAUGAGAAUGAGGAAGAGGAAGAAGAUAGUACAUGUGUUUCUUUCAUUCAAAAGCAAGGAGUACACUCUAGCAAAGUUAACCACCAACUAAUUGAUUAUUGUAUCAUUUCCAAGAAUAGUCAAGAAAAUUCCUAUGAUUUUAAUUACUACUCCUUGAUGUUGAAUGAUAAGCGUAAUUAUGAGCAAAGAGUAGAGCAUUCAGAAUGCUCUGUGUCGACGAGCUUUGUGAUUCCCAAUUCCGGAGACCAUGCUUAUAUUCAAGCAAUCCCUGACAAUUUCUUAAUAAAGGAGCUUCAAAAUGGGUUACUCUCAAAAAUUCCCGACGAGGUUGAUAGAGUUAUUGUUUGGCGUGGUAUAGUCUCUCUCUGCAGUAAAAUGAAGCUCAAGCCUUCUGCACUUAUGAAUAUUAUCUAUGAAAACUUCCCUGAUGAAGAAAAUCUUAUGAUUCAGGAUAUACUUGGUCCAUGCUUCUUCUCUUGAGCGUUCCAUUAUCUUCCAAGGGCAAGGUUUGAGUCUAUAUGAAAAUAAGCUAUGUUUAAGGUAUUACAGAAGAAUUUUAGAAAUUGCUCAGAAAUUUGAGGAGGAACCAACUAAACAUUAUGAGGAAUUGAUAAAGGUUCUGAAAUCUUCCAUGAUAAAUUACUUAUAUGGUAAUGAGCAAGCCCAAAUGGCUACGAAGUGGCUCCAGAAGGGGUACAUUACUGAUGAAGAAGACAAGAUUGUAGAGGCACUAAAUCUUACUCUCAGUGACCGUCAUAAGCUUCUGAAAGAGAUUUUCCAGUAUGAUUCUAUUGAUCUCAAGGUGAAACAAGAGCUACUUCAGAAAGAACUUGAUGUUGAUAAGAGUGAUACAGCCCACAGACUCAAGAUUUGUUGAGAUUCUUCAAUACCUGAUUUAGAGAAUAAAGCUAAAGUUUGGGAAAUGAUCAUUCAUCCUUGGGACUACCAAUUAUCAAUCUAUGAUUACAAGGAAUAUAUUAGAGGAUUUAUGGCAAUAUCGCAGUGGGAGUUACUUAAAGAAUAUGAAGAUAAAUAUUUAGAAGCCCUUCCAACUUUUGCUGAUUGAGGAGAUAAAGAAUAUAUGGAUACUUUCGUCUCUGAAGCAUAUCCUAAAUUUCUUAAUGACGAAGAUGGAUAUCUUCAAAAAUUAGAAGAAAUCUACUCCAGAUAUAGAUUAAAAGACCCUAUCAAAUAUGAUUCCUUUCUCAGGCUUGUCGGAGGCCAACAGUACGAAUACAUCAAAGGGUACAGAUCUAUUAGGAACUAUGAGAUGCAAGACUCAGACUCUGACGGACAAGAGGGUGCUCCACAGCCUUGUACUGGAUCAUAAAAUUAGUUGAG